UUGUGGAUGUACAUAAUUUACAAUAGCAAAGGAAGCUACAUAAAUGACAAAUAAAGAACAGUAAAAUAAAUACAUACAUGAAAGUGUUAUACUUCAAACAUGAAAUGGCAAAUCCAAAAAUUCCUAUAUUCUGUUAUGUAAGGGGAACAAUUUUUCUGUUCCUAAUAAUCCCUCUUACACAUUCUCAUUUUGAGUCUUUUAAUUACCCUAUGUUUAGUCACUCUUUUAAAGAUCAGCCAAAGCUUGAUGGAGAUGCCACUAUUGACGAUUCUGACUUUGUCAUUAAACUCACAGGGUACCCUACUGACCCAGAUAAGGCUUCUCUUACUGGUAGAGUCACAAGUCCAAAACUUAUCAAACUUUGGGACAAAACCACAAACCAAGUCUAUGACUUUAGUACCAAGUUUUCUUUUAUUAUAUUUUCAAAUCAUACUUUUUAUGGAGAUGGUUUGACAUUCUUUCUUGCAAGCUCAGAUCUUCCAAACUCAAAACAUAUUGGAGGUGGUGGUGGUUUUGGCCUUGUUCCUGCAAGCAAAAUUGCAUUGAAUUUAACUCAGUAUUCAUUUGUAGCAGUGGAAUUUGAUACUUAUCAAAAUAAUUGGGACCCUGGUGUUAACCAUGUGGGUGUGAAUAUCAAAUCUGUGGUGUCUGAUACAUGUGUUGAAUGGUUUGCAAAUGUUACAGAAAGGAAAGUUUAUGAUUGUAGCAUUGAAUACAGUUCAAGAAAUAAUAGUAUGAAUGUUUCUUUCACUGGUUAUAAAUUGAAUGAAGGGCAAGAGUUACAACAGCACUUUUCACAUGUUAUUGAUCUAAGAGAGCAUUUACCUGAGUAUGUUAUUGUUGGCAUAUCAGCUUCAACAGGAUUUGUAGAUGAGGAACAUACAUUGCUGUCAUGGUCUUUUAGUACAAGCCAACCGAGUUAUUUCGAUAAUGAAGCUGAUCUGAAGAAGAAAACAAAAGUAAUCAAGAUUAAAUUGUUGGUGGGAUGGGGAGUUGGUAUUGGUGUAUGUUUCUUGUUGAGUUUAAUAGCAAUUUUUUUCAUUUUGUUAUGGAAGAAGAAUAAAGAAGGAGAAGAAAAAGAAGAAGAAGCUACUUCAGAAACUGUUUCUGAUCAGAACAUGGAUGAUGAAUUCCAAAUGAGUAUUGGACCAAAGAAGAUUUCUUACUAUGAUUUGUUGAAUGCAACAAACAACUUUGAAGAGACACAAAAGCUAGGACAAGGUGGUUUUGGUGGUGUUUAUAAAGGUUAUUUUAAAGACUCAAAUUCAGUUGCAGCUAUAAAAAGGAUAUCUUCAGAGUCAAGGCAAGGUAUAAAGCAAUACACAGCAGAAGUAAAAAUAAUUAGUCAAUUGAGGCAUAGAAAUUUGGUGAAACUCAAUGGCUGGUGUCACAAGAAGAAUGAACUUCUCCUGAUAUAUGAAUACAUGCCGAACGGAAGCUUAGAUUAUCAUCUUUUCCGGGGAGGAAGCAUCUUGCGGUGGAAUUUAAGAUACAAUAUAGCUCUUGGUUUGGCAUCAGCAUUGCUUUAUUUGCAAGAAGAAUGGGAAAAAUGUGUGAUUCAUAGGGAUAUAAAAUCAAGUAACAUAAUGUUGGACUCUAACUUUAAUACUAAGCUUGGUGAUUUUGGUUUAGCUAGGCUGAUGGAUCAUGAGAAAGGGUCAGAAACAACAGUUGUGGCUGGAACAAGAGGUUACUUAGCUCCAGAGUACUUGGACACAGGGAAGGCUAGAAAGGAAUCUGAUAUAUUCAGUUUUGGUGUUGUUUUGUUGGAGAUAGUGAGUGGAAGAAAAGCUAUACACCAUCAAGAAUUGGAGGGUGAGGUAUCAUUAGUUGAGUGGGUUUGGGAGCUAUAUGGAUUGAGAAAUCUAAUUGUAGCAGCUGAUUCAAAGCUAUGUGGGGUGUUUGAUGUGAAGCAAAUGGAAUGUUUGUUGGUAGUUGGACUUUGGUGUGCUAAUCCUGAUUCUAGAUCAAGACCAUCUAUUAGGAAAGUCAUUAAGGUGCUUAAUUUUGAAGCUUCAUUACCAAUUCUACCACUAAAUAUGCCAUUCCUAGGUCCUUUGUCUUCUCCCAAUAUAACAAAUGAACAAUUUUUUUCAGUUCCAUCUUUCUUUAGGGCUACAGGUUAG